UCUGCGCUUUGUCUUUCCCUUCCUCUCCGAGAGUCCAAACAGCGAAGUUUCCAACAAAGACGCGCAGGCACAGUACCUCACACUAUCUUCAAGUCUCAUUGCCGAUUACAUAAUUACAAGAGGAUAUAGGCAUUUUCACUCGUUUUCGGUUUACAAAGCUCACGCGCAUUCAUUAUGGACCGGAAACCAACUGACAGCCCGGUCUACGUCCGGCAAUGGAGCAGCGAGUCCAGUACCACCGGCUCUAACCAGUCAUCCCCCUCGCGGCCUCCACACGCGCGUUCCUCCUCCGCUACCUCCUUCUCCACCGUCAAGCGCACUCAGAACUUCGCCGCCAAAGCCGCGGCUCAGCGCCUCGCUCAGGUCAUGGCCUCCCAGACCACCGCCGACGAGGACGACGACGAAGACGAGGACGACCUAGGCUUCCGUUACAGUGCUCCUCCUCCUAUCUCUCUCUCGAGGACCGUCAACAGCCCUACCAACGCUACUAAAAGGCCCGAGGUUACGUCUAUCAGGACCAAUAGAUCUCCUUCACCUGCGUUGGCUCGGAACUUUGUGGAGGAAACUCCAUCAGUUCGCUUGACGUCAGCUGGAGGGCCAUCAAUGUUGUCUCGUGCAGCGGUGCCAUCGGUACCACCAAAUAAAGCACCAUUGAGGAGUGCGGUUUCUCUGCCACCAGGAGAGCCUCUUGAAAUUAUGCAACUCAAAAAAAGAUUCUCAUCAGAUAUGGAACAUUUUAAAUCUAGAGAUUCUGGAGAUCAACGUGAUGCUUCUGCACUUCGUGACGAACUUGAUAUGCUACAAGAAGAGAAUGAGAAUAUUCUUGAGAAGCUUAGACUCGAGGAAGAGAGAUGUGAAGAAUCAGAAGCCAGAGUUAAGGAGCUUGAGAAACAGGUUGCUGCUCUUGGAGAAGGUGUAUCUUUGGAAGCUAAACUCUUGAGCAGAAAGGAGGCUGCACUGCGUCAAAGAGAGGCUGCACUUAAAGAUGCAAAAAAUCCCAAGGAUGGAGAAGAUAAGGAAAUUGUUUCCCUUCAGGCUGAGGCUGUUAAUGCAAAAGAUGAGGCUCAAGCCGCUAUGAAACAGCUUCAUGGAGCUGAAUCUGAAGUAAAAUCUCUUCGAUUGAUGACACAAAGAAUGACACUGACUCAGAAAGAGAUGGAAGAAGUUGUUCUUAAGAGGUGUUGGCUUGCUCGUUAUUGGGGCUUAGCUGCAAAAUAUGGUAUCUGUGCAGAUAUUGCAAUGUCAAAGUAUGAACACUGGUCAUCCUUAGCACCUCUUCCAUUUGAGAUUGUCCUUUCUGCAGGACAAAAGGCCAAAGAGGAGGGUUGGGAAAAAGCAGGUAACGAUGAUCCUGAGAAAAGGAGCAAAGUUCAGGACUUCAAUGAUUUAACUGGGGAAGGAAAUAUCGAGAGUAUGCUUUCUGUGGAAAUGGGGUUGAAAGAGCUUGCUUCCUUAAAGGUUGAGGAAGCCAUUGUGCUCUCACUGGCCCAACAGCGGCGUCCAAAUUCUGCUCGACUAUCCAUUUCAGAUAUUAAAUCACCAAGUGAUCCCAAGUCUAUGGAGGCAUUUGAACUAAGCGCAGAGGAGUCUGAGGAUGUUCUAUUCAAGGAGGCAUGGCUUACAUAUUUUUGGAGAAGAGCCAAAGCACAUGGCAUAGAGGAGGACAUUGCAAAAGAUCGUCUUCAGUUUUGGAUUAACCGCAGUGGCCAUUCACCAACUUCACAUGAUGCAUUUGAUGUGGGGCAAGGUGUUAUGGAGCUCAGGAAAUUGGGGAUUGGGCAACGACUUUGGGAAGCAUCUCGGAAAGAAAUCGACCAAGAUCUUUCCUCUUUGAUUGCACGGAAAGCUGCUAUAUAAUUGAAGAGUCUGCUAUGUUCGGAUUCAUUUUUGUUAGAUCUUUUAGUUUGGGAGCAUUUUUUCACCUGUAUGUGAUGUGGGGGAUGCCAACUUGAACUGGUUCGCGAAUGUUCCUGUUUUUUUCCCUCGUCGGCGCCACAUGUUACUACUGCCAACCGAAGAUCAACAUGUAAGCACUACCUACAUCUGGAAUAGAAGUUGUAGUAGCCCUCGGAAUGAUAGAGCUGAAAUCUUGUAAUUUUUAUAAAUCGGGCAAAUUACAAAGACUAGGUUGAGUACUUCAGAUAUAUAUGUUUGAAACCCAAAAAAAAAAAAAUAAUAAUAAUAAUAAUUGAUAUAUACGUUUGGCCUUCGAGAUGGAAAGAGAAAAUCAAGCCUGCAAAGAUCAUCUUAAUAAAGGGGGAAAAAGCAAGGAAAUUCUGCAAAGGCGUGGAGAGACUUUCUUUGUCGUAAGUGAAUUGGUUAUUAUUGUAUCAUUCCCUGUUUGGUCGGGAAUGGAAAGAAAGAGAGAAGCAUGUGCUAGCUGGCGUUGGAUGAAUGCCGGCCCUGUUUUGUAGUUGUCAAUCUGUUUAUGUGGGCCUCCUUUUAUAUUUUGUUUAAAACCUUUUGGAAUGGAAUGU